UCACUUUCUAUGUAUGGGCAUGUCGACUUUCAAGAAUCACUUGUUGACUGUUAUCUUGUGAUUUGUGCAUUUUCUUUUUAUCUUUCAGGGAUUUUUUGGACCGCAAACGUUUUGAAAUAUGUUUGCCAUCGUCCUUCCUUGUCUACUGCUUGCCCUCUCUAUUUCCUUGUCAACCGAGACCUACAUAAUGUAUCCUGUGCACAGCCCAAUCCACUCGAAACUCAUCACGAACCAGAGUAUGAUGUAUGGAUGCACUAAGCGUGAUCCAACUGCAAAGGUAACUCUCCAUCCAAAACACCUCACAUGUCGACAACCAAUGACAGUCUCAAUACAGUUCACUCCCAUAGUCGAUAUUCCCGUGUUCUCUUGUUAUGGAGAAAUGUACCUCAACGGCAUAUUGCUUGCAAGGAUGCACCCAACGGACAUUUGUGCAAAGAAAUGGAUAAAAUGCCCAAUGCUUAAAGGAAAACUCCAACACCAAAGUAUAAGUAUAAUUCUUCCUUGUUGGUCUUUUAAGGGUCACUAUCUGUUCAAAGGAUACUGUACCAACUUUGAUGGUUCCAUGUUGGGAUGUGGCCAGUACAGUCUCACCUUCCAUGGCUUUGGAUUGUAAUAUAAUUAUAGUCGUCAAAACAGUAAAAGAAAGGCUAAAGAUCAAAUCGAUCAUAAUCCUUAUUUCUGACUCCAAAUUGUGACAACAUGUUAACCAAUUAUAUAUUCUCAAGUGAUUUGAAUUGUUUAGUUCCUUAUAUGGAUGGAUCAAUAAUAAAUCGUUAUAAGUUGUCAUUGGCUAUGCUCUAAAACAUCCUGCAUUAAAUAUCUGUAUAUUGUCACUUUAUGGUGAAUGCUUGCUGUUGUGAUCGAAUGUUUACGAAAGUAUUUAAUUUCUGCGCAUGUGCAAUAAAGUGUUUAGUGGAAAGCAAACCGUAAAGAGCAAAACCAUCCCAAAGCCUUCUUUGUGUUAGCAAAACUAUGCAUUUAUAAUGAUGCGUAGCCUAAAUAAAAUAAUAAAAUGACAUUAAAUCAGUACAGUGCUAAGAAA